AUGGUCCGUAUGAAGCCGGGUGUUUUCUCAUGGGAUGAUGUGCUAGCUCAGCGAUAUCAUGGUAAGCAGCGCCUAAACAAUUUAACCAACACAGGCAUGUCAACUGCGACUCUAACAAGACACACCAAACAAAAAGGCAACAAACCACCCCCUCUCCCUCGCCGGAGCAAACAAGUAGAGGCUUCCCUACCACAAUCCCAAAGUCGCCUACUAGGGCGGUUAUCCCCGGAGCUUCGUCUCAUGAUCUGGGGAUACGUCCUCGGAGGGCAACGAAUACACAUUAUUCAGCGCAGCGGAAAGCGACUGGGACAUCUGUUGUGUCCGUGUUCACCGUAUCAAGAAUCGAAAGUAUCGAACAAGCAGUAUCAACGCCGAAGAAGCGACCAUCUCUGUGAUAUCUGCCAUGGGACCGGAAUCCCCCAGCCAGCCAAGGAAGGAGAGUUUGCGCGAAGCAGAAAUAAGGUUAUGCUACUAGGGCUGGCAUUGACAUGUCGACAAAUAUAUCAUGAAUCCAUCGCCCUGCUCUACAGUCUCCCAACCUUCGAGUUUAGUAACCCUUGGUCCCUCCCCUAUCUCCACCCGACCAUCCCACGUCAACACUGGGAGUCAAUUCGCACCGUUGAACUCCGCUGGUCCUUCCCAGGCCACUGGCUACCAAGCAAAGACUCAGUGCGCGCAGUCUAUGUCUCCGCCGGCCAGAUGCAAUGGCAAGAGACAUGCCAGUCUCUGACGCAGAUGAAUGGGCUACGGAGCUUCACCCUCGCCUUGGAGAGUACCUGGUUCAGCGAGAGUGCCGGGAAACUGGUGGGAUUCCUGGAUCCAUUGAAAGGACUGGCAGUGAGAUCUGUGAAUACAAGUACAUUCUCUGGCACGGAAAGAAGCCCGGGAAAGGUCAAUGGGUCCGGGGAAUCCUAUGGGUUUGUGGGAGAGUCGGUUAGUACUCGUAGUUCUGAGGAUGCGAGCCCGGGGUUUCGGAGUUUGUCUGAAACUUCGGCUGUGUCGGGAUAUACUACGGGCGCAUUGGCUAUGGGUUGGGAGCUUCGGCUUCACGGUCAAUCCUAUUACCCGCAUGAACUGCGGAAGAUAGGAGAUGAUCUGCGGCAGAGAGGGAUAGAUUGCUGGAUAUCGGUGUGA